AUGAUGGCGGUGGGAUCGGCGUCAACUGCCCUCCGCAGUGCAGCGGAUGUUGGCACGGCGACCGGACAGGCUUCGAGUGCUCCACGUCUACGAGGUGGUUACCCUGCCAGCCAGCCCCGUGAUGAUGAACCCAUCCCGGGCUUCACCGACCAGCUGCCGCGCUCCAGGACCAACUCUGCAGAGGCGCCGAACUGGCAGGUAAUGGACUUCGAUUCGGAGUCUGAAGGGCUGGAGCCUGAGGCAGACACACCCUUUGGCGAGGCUGAUGACUCAACUCUCGAAGCCACAAAAGCCACACGGAAGGCCCGCUCAAGGCGGAAGAAGGAGUUCUUUGAACAUCUCCUGUCUUUCCCAGCGGCACUGAAUCACAUGACAUUUCGCCAUGACUUUGCGGCCGGCGUGAUAGCUUCUGGGGCAGGAACGUUACGUGGGCGAGUGGAGGUGUUGCGUGCAGGGAUGCUGAAGAGGCCCCGCUAUGGUCUUUAUGUACGGCUAUCGCAGGAUGGAGGCAUUUCGGAGGAGGUGAUGUUGAUGGCAGCUGAGAGACAGCAACAGAGGACUUUGGGGCCUUACUAUGUCAUCUCUGCAAAUGCUUUGGACUUUGAUCGCGAGUCACCCUGCUUUCUUGGUCGGCUAGCAGGAAAUGCGAUGUGCACACAGUACCUUCUUCACGGGCAGCGGGCUUCAGGUGCACUGCGGGAGGAACUAUGCUCCGUGCGGUUCCGAAAGCCCAGCGAUGCUCCACGCAGCAUGCAUGUGGUGCUACCAAGCAGCUCCUCUGCGGCAUCCUUCUCCGCACGAAAUGGCCAGGAGGGCACGCUGCUCAACGCUGCCGCGGGAAGCGCCAACCGCGAGAACGGGUUCAACUAUCUUGUCAGUCCGUCGUCCACUUGGGAUGUGGCACGCAAGGUUUACCGGAUGAACUUCCACGGACGCGUCCAUUGCUCAUCGUCCAAGAACUUCCAGCUUGUUCAGGCCGACAGCAGCUUCAAAGCCGAGCAUCCGGAGCAUCUAGCGAUGCAGUUCGGUCGGAUUGACGGAGCCAGCUUUGCGCUUGACGCGGCCUUUCCACUGAGCCCUUUGCAGGCCUUUUCCAUUGCCUUGUCCGUCUUUGACAACCGCCUCUACGAAGCGCUGCGGAUCUACUACUAG